GUGUGUGAGUGUGUAGCUGGGAGUGUGCAAGGGGAGGGGUUGAGUGUGCGACACUAUGAAUGAGCAGAGGGAUAAGUGGAGGUGCAUCGGGGGCAGUGAGUCUCCUCCUCUCCCAGCUCUGGGCUAUAGCAGAACAGUCUGAAUUACAUGAGACUCAGUGGCUGCUCCUCUCUCACAUCUGCACCAACAGUCCUGGGGCCCCGGGUACCUGCUGCUCAUCUGGGGCUGCCGAAAGCACAGAGACCCCCAAACUUUCUGGAUAUCACAGCUCUGCUCCUCCUCCUCCUCUUCCUCCCAACCAUUCACUGGACUCAUGGCUGGAUCCUUCACUUUCCUGACAUUCUUCUUAGCUCUGGCCUCUGGGAAUAGGAUCAGGGAAGUGCCCCCACCCUCCCACCAACAUUAUGGAGCAGACAGAUUGACUUGGGAACCCCAGUGCCAAUACCAGCUACGCCACCUGCAGGAUGGGGCCCGAAUUACAGCUCUGCUGCCACCCAAUAUUGAAGGACACUGGAUCUCUACGGGAUGUGAGGUGCGCCCAGGACCCGAGUUUCUCAUCAGAUCUUACACGUUUUACCCUGAGCGUUUGUUCAAAGCUCUGCAGUUCUAUUACCGGGACCCUCACUGUCGGGAACCCUCCUAUUCACUAGUGAUCAAGGGGAAAGUGCGGCUGCGUCAGGCUUCCUGGAUAACACGGGGGGCUAUGGAGGCCGAUUACCAGCUACACAAGGUGGGGGUUGUGUUUCACAGCCAAGAGAUGAUGAGCGCUGUACGAGCCCAGAUGAACAGGACCUGUGCUGGAUUUGUGUCGACGGGUCGUACCUGGGCGCCGGGCAGAGUGUAUGAGCUUCUGAGUGCCAAGUUGGGCCGGGACUGCACCUCUGCCAUUGGAUUUAAUAUGCAUGAACUGAGUCUGCUGAGGCUGGAGAAACAGUACAACGCUCAGCACAUGGGGGUGCUAGUGGAGAAGCUUUUCUUGGGGGACAUCCAUACUGAAAAGUCCGAGAGGAUCCAUUACCGGCCCACUGGCUACCAGCAGCCCCUGCAGAGUGCUCUGCACCACGUGCACCCUUGUCCAGCCUGCAUGGAAAUAUACAGGGCAGAUGAGCACCGGCCUCCCACCCUUCCACACACCCCUCAUCCUCCGGCACAUCUCAUUGGGAAGUGGGUGAGCGGCCAAUGUGAGGUGCGUCCGGCCGUGCUCUUCCUCACACGAUACUUGACGUUCCAUGGAGACAACCGCACAUGGGAAGGCUUUUACUACCACUACGCAGACCCUCUCUGCAAGCAGCCCACGUUCACCCUCUACGCUUCAGGCCACUACACCAAAGGGUUCCACUCGCAGCCCGUAAAAGGUGGGACGGAACUGGUCUUUCAAGUGAACCGGGCUCGGGUCACAUCGUUGAGUCAUGCCACAGUUCAGAUGCUCAAUGCAUCCAGGCCAGGGAGCUGUGGGGUGGUUGGAAAUUGGGUCGUAGGGGAGGAACAGGAUAUUACAGAGACGGGGGGCUGCGAGGCUCUGGGUAUCCACCUUCCUCAUACGGAAUACGAAUUAUUCAAAGUGGAACAGGACGGAAGCGGACGACAUCUGCUUUAUUUGGGCGAGCGGCCUACAGACGGGUCAAGUCCAGAUUCACCCAACAAGAGGCCAACAUCCUACCAGCCUCCUCUUAUCCAAUGUGCUGGGGAGUCCACCGUCUCUUCCAAGCACAGCCAUCUUGUAGACUUGACCCCAAGCCGGGCACCCAUUCUGAACCCCCACUCAGUCCUGUGCUCUGCUCUGUUAAUUGCAGCACAUAUUUUAAGAUAAAACUGAGCCGUUUGUUGAGGUGCAGCUCUAUGAUCCCAUCGGGGUCCGGACAUACCAAAUUGCAGAGAAAAGAUACAAGGCUUUGGUUUCUCAGUUGAGGAUUCUGUAAAUAACUUUCAAUCAAAUGUACGAGCAGGAACUAUUUAGGCCAAAAAUCAUUUUCGCCCUCGAGGGCGUCUGACGUUGCAGGCAGACCUCCUAGUAAAACGGUAUGAGCCAUUACUCUUAGGCCACAUGGGAGAAGUCGUCCUUGAUGUUUUACAAAGCCAUGUAUUCUACAUGGAACACUCCGUCUUACAGGUCGGACCAUACGUGUAUAUUCCGUGCUAUGGUGCCACCCUCCCAUUGGCUGGGGAGCUCUUCCUUGCACACCAGCAGCUGAUCCAUAGCAGAAUGACCCACCCCCCUCCCAGUCAUUUUUCCAGCGAACACUGGGAAUUAUAUAAAGUUUCUCCAUGUUUCAGUGUUGCAGGACAAGUAAGGUUACAGCACCAGAUAAAGGACCUGUAAUUUAUUUUAAUAUGUAAAACCUUUAUAUAUUGUUAUGCUACUGUCCUCUUACUGCCUCAGGGUUGGACCUGGGUAUCCCCCACUGGAUGACCAAUCCCAUCAGCACCCUUAUUUCUAUACUACAGAUAUCACUUUGCACAUUUUAAAUUAAAGGAAAACUGAGCUUAACUUAAAGGGGAAGUAAAGUCUAAAAUAGAAAAAGCUAGAAAUGCUGUAUUUUGUAUACUUAACAUAAACAUGAACUUACUGCACCAUAAGCCUAGUCAAACAACUGAUUUAUGCUUGGCCACAGGGGGUCACCAUUUUGUAACUUUGUUAAAUAUCUUUGCAAGACCAAGACUGUGCACAUGCUCAG